AUAUAAUUUUGUCGAAAAAAGAUAAUCGGGUUCGUGAAAUUUGAAGUCAAAACCGAAAGUAGAACGUGUUAUGCGUGAUUUAUCAGAGUCGUGCUGUACACAAUCAUGCAAACAACAAUGUAAUGCAGGCAACUGGAAUUUAGUAUUAAUAACAUAUCAAGGUCUACAGCUUAAUUUAAACGAUGGUUUUGGUAAGGAUUUUACAACUGUCGCUUAUAUUCUGGUUUAUAACAAGUGUGCUUGGGGGAUCGGUUUGCGGUAUCAGACAACUUUUUCCAUCCUAUCCUCUAAGAUAUGACAAAGUGUGUGGUUUAAACGACAUUGAACAACUUGGUGACAUACAAGAAACUAUUGAACAACCGCAAAAGCUCAGCAAACAUUGCGAGUCAACACCUGCAGAAUUUGAAAAAACAUUACUAAAUAUAGAAAAUCAAAUCCUUCAGGUAAAAAUCCAUCAUGCUGAUGAGCUCAAUAAAGUUCAUGAGAAUUACCAAAAGUUGAUCGAACAAGUAGAUAAAAGACUGGACUCAUUUAAAAGGGGCGUUGAUGAAUUGCAAUCAAAAAACUCGAAAUUGAAUGGAAAACUGAACUCAUUUGAAAGGAACGUUAUUUCGCUAGAAUCACACCACUCGACAUUGAACGAUAUACUGGACUCUACAACAAAGGAUGUUGCUGCCCUUAAAUUGGGAACCUCAAAAUUAACUAAAGACCUCGGGUCUAUCAAAAGAGAUUUACUAUUGCUACAGUCGAACUAUUCAACGAUGAAAGAAACACUUGUCUCUCUCGGAAGGGAUGUUAUGUUGCUGAAAUCAGAAAAUUCAUCUUUAAAUGAAGGACUAGUGUCUCUUAAAGGAUAUAUAAAUUCACUCCAAUCAGAACACUCAGCAUUGAAAGAAAACUUCACGAGGCAAUCAGGGAGUAGUUGGUAUCAUAUUGAACAACUAAACAAGAGUCACCAUGAGAUGCAAAGAAAUCAGUCCGAAAUCCAAACUAAAUACGAGAAGGAGAGAUUAGAAGCGAGUGAACAGUUCGCCAAAAUGCAGAAGAAAAUAGAAAAUGGAGAAAUGAUCUUCGUUGUGCUGUCGUUUGCUUUCGCUUUCUGGGUUGCCUUCAGUAAAAUGAAACCCGUUAAUCUAACAAAUCCAACAACAGAGAAGACAUCCGUACUUCAAAGCAAAGCCGUACAAACAGAACCUGCGGUAGACAGUUUUAAUGAGACAACUAGCAUUGCAUACUCUAAAAAGUCCAACAUAUCUAUGGUUCGCCAGAGAAAGUCCAUGGAGAACAGUAUCGGUGUCGUGAGUUUUAGCAGGAGCGGAAGUGACGUCCAUAAAGAACUAAUUGAGUCUGUUAGGUCUUUAACGAAGUUAUCUGUGAAGAUACCUAUUUGUCAUUCUGUGGUCACACAAGCCGAGGAUAUCUGUAAAAUUCCUCCAUCAAAAAUAGUUUUUGUUUUUGUUGAUGCCAACAAACGUCAUAUAAUACUGGAAGACCCGGAUCAAGAAAUCGGCGGUUUCCGGGGACAAACAGUUGACUCAAUCCAAGAAAUGGGCUGUGAUGUGUUUGUGGUGUAUGUCAGAGAUAAAGCUUUAGACGACGGUUCCUUGUAUCACCCUAGACUAACGUCCAUACAACGUCACCACACACUGACGUCACUGAGUGAUACAAAUCGAGUCCUCAGUCUUAACACGACUUUCUCUGAAUAUCAGAGAGACUUUUUAGUAAAAGAACUUCAAAAUGCUUUUAAUUGUUCUAAAACCGGUAUUGUGCAACAAUAUUUUAUAAUGCCAUGACAGUUUUGAAAUGAUUGGAUUCUUAUUUCCAUAACUUUGGUGGGUGUUUUCCCUGAAGGAUUAUUUGCAUUCAUGCAUUAGAUCACAAGUUAUUAUAUAUCCGUAUAUAGUUCACAUUGUGUCAUGCGCGGAUCUACUAGGGUAGGGGUGGAGUUGUAAGGUCUGAUCUAGACCACUACCCCUCCCCCAUCCUAGAUCCACGCCUGAAUGAUUGUUAAUUUCUAGGCUUUUAUUUUCAUUGAUUGGUCAGAUUUAUUUUCCUGAUUAUUACUAACUUAACUAUAGGCGAGUAUAUAAUGAUGUGAUUAACCAACUAGUAUAUAUCGUCGAUUUCAAAUGUACAAAUGUUACACAAUUGCAGUUAGAUCGCAGAUUUAACAGUUUUGUGUAAUAUGCAAUACACAAUGUAUCUGAAGAUUUUUUUUAACACUAUGUUGAUUUGACACACUAAUUUAUUAUUUGAUGGAUCUACAUGUACCAAAUAUCUUUUUUGAAAUUUGAUUUCACAAUUUUUAAAAAGACUGUUAUAAACUCUCAAUUAACUUGGGGAAAAAUUGGUAGUGAAGGUACACAUGUACACUGUAUCCUGGGGUCUAAAAUUUGGUAUCAAUCAAUGCAUAAUAUAUUGAAGGAAUAAAUGUCAAAGGGAGUCAAGAAUUCUUUGUAAUUUUUUUAGAUAAGACAUUAUAAAUGAAAAUGACAACCUUUACUUGUUGAAUUCAUUAUUUGUUGAUAUGCAUCUUUGCUAGCCAAGG